UGGGCGGGAGCCUUGGUGUCUCAGGCGGCCAAUGGCUUUAUCUGGAGCGGAGGCUGGUCGCGGGUCUCGGCUGAGGCUGACGCGGAAAAAGCCGCCCGCGCCCCGCUCCUCCUCUUGCUCCGGGCCUGGCGGCGGGGGGCAGGAGGGCAGAACUUCAAACAACCGCUCUUGGUUGGACCAAGAAGGGUUAAAUGAGUCUGAUGAAUUGUGGAAGCUGCUGGUAUUGAGAAGUGUGAACUCCAGUCUGCAUCAGGCCAGCCAGGAAAUGCCAGAUUUACCAGCAUUCUUUGACCAGAGCGCCAGGCAUAAUGAGAACUCACAGCAACCAGCCCUCUUUAAAGUUGGGACAGAAGAGUUUCAGUGGACACCUUUCCCACCUGCCUUCGCAUUUGCUGGUCAGUUAAAAAACCCAGACUCUUCUCAUUUCACAAAGGAGAAACCUACUCAGAUACUCUAUGAACAAGAGCAGAGAGUGGAUCAGAGCGGCGGGCCUUCCUGCCAGGGGGCCUCUGCUCUGGGCCGUGAGAACCUGGAACCGAGGCCUGACGGUGGAGCCGGGGUGAAAAGGCCUUCGGAGUGGAGAGACAGUAGCAUCGGGGCUUCGAAGAGCGGGCUUCCACAACACGCACCACUCUCCCAGCUCAGGAAAAAACAGAGACUGUGGGUGGAGGGUGAUACCUCCUCCCCAGCAUCUCCCCAGACCCUCACCUUGGAGGUGAGCCAUCCAGGGCGCUCUCCUUUGAAGAAACCCAGUCGCAGCCUUUGCUCAGAAGGUGCCAGAGUAGAAAAAGAUGCCACCUCUGCUGCCGUGAGCCAGGGAAUAGUGGUACUUGAUGGCUGUCCGAUGUGCCAGGUCCCAUUUACUGGAAAGUUCUCCCAGCUGGAUAUUGAUAGUCAUCUUGCUAAAUGCUUGUCAGAGAGUAUUGAAGAUGUGAUAUGGUAAACUUAGUAGGAAGAACCCACAAAUAUGACCUCCCCUACAGCAGAGUAGGGGAUCACAAGAAAUGGCCCCAGGCACCCCUGGCCCUGUGUGUAAACAUCCCCUCCCCGACUCUGGAUGCUCUGAAGAGCCCUUCCCAAGGCACGCUUCCCCGAGUCAUCACUGGGAUGUCCUGGGAGGCAGUGUCCUGGCUGGGAUGACUUCUUGACUCUGCCUUUUAAAAGUAGACAAUAAAAAUUCCAUUUUGAAUA